AGAAUGGCGUAUGGACUAGCAAUAAGGAUCCACUGAUCCAUAAGGGCAACAGUAACCACCAGUAACCAUCAAACCAAACCUCUCUGGCAAGAUAUACUCAUAAUAACUUGAGUUGCGAAACACGUACGUAUUUCUGGUAGAUUUUUUCGUUUUACGCAAAAAACCACGUCAAAUAACUAUAAAUUUAACGAUACCUAAGUUUAGCGAUAUAAUCUAAAUAACUACCCUUAUCAAUUAUGAAAGAUCUUACAACUAAACAAUUACAAAGAAUAAAAAAGAAAAAAGAAAAAGCAGCGGCAUUUGUGAGAAUUUCAAGACUUAAUGACAAAGAUAAAAGAUCAAAACUACAAUUAUUAAAGCAGUUAACAAAUACUGGUAGCACGUCACAGAUUUUAAGCUUUAAUGAUAUGGCAGAAGAAAAUUGCAAUCGUAAACGAUUUUAUAACACAAAUUUAAAUGAUAUAUAUUUGGAGACUCAUGCAAAAGAUGAUUUUGACGAGUUAAAAUUACAGAGGAACACUAAAAUACCUAAAUUAAGCGACUCUGAGGAAUAUGCAAAAUUAAAGCAAGAACUUAGAAAACGUAAAAAAAGACUUCAAGGAAUUCCAAGGCUUACUCUUAAAGCAGUUGGUGAGAAUGCUACUCUGGACUGCAAAAAAAUUGGAGAGAAAAUACCAAUAUUUCUUAGUGAUGUACAACAUUUGCUUUUAUAUUCAUUGCUAGGACAUCACUCUCCUUAUUUACCAACAAGAUGGUGUCAACUUGAAAAAUAUAACAAAAUAAGUCAGAUUGUGAUUUUUGUGGUUGAAGGUUUAUCUGCAUAUCAUUUUGUGGCUUAUGAAAGUUUAUUUUCAAAUAUAGCAAAUAAUUUCAAGUACCAUUUAGAAGUGGUAACACCUGUUGUUUAUGGAGCUUCUAUAACAGAAGAACUUGUAGCUGUUCCUAUAACAGGAACUCAGUGUGAUAAAUUACUUAGACGAUAUAGUUCUUUGGAAACUGCUCUGCAAUCAAGUGGAAAUGUUAUCAAGUUGUUAAAAAGUGCUUUUCCAGUACAAUUGUUAAACACUGAUGAAACUGUUUCUAUUAAACAGGAGAGUAAUAAGUAUUUAUCCUCUACUGACAAAUUUUGCAGAACAAAAUUGCUUUUGUCCUUAUGGCAAAUGGUGGAAGAAAAUUAUCCUGUACCUUUGAAAGGUACAUUAGCAGAAAGAUAUGGCUCUUACAUAUUAACAAAAGAUGUUUAUGAAGAGGCUACAGCAACAUCCCCAAUGUUUAGUUUAGAUUGUGAAAUGUGCAUGACUACAAGUGGUAAUCUAGAGCUUACUAGAAUUAGCGUUGUGGAUGAAAGUAUGAAUAUUAUAUAUGACAGUCUAGUCAAGCCAGUGAAUGCAAUAACUAAUUAUCUGACUCAAUACAGCGGUAUUACUGAAGAGAUACUAAGUGAUGUAACAGUUACAUUGCAUGAUGUUCAACAAAUUUUGAGAAAAUUACUUCCUCCAGACGCAAUUCUCAUAGGACAAAGUUUGAAUUCUGACUUGCAUAUAUUAAAAAUGAUGCAUCCUUAUAUCAUUGAUACUUCUGUAAUAUUCAAUCUCACUGGUAACAGGUAUAGGAAAACAAAAUUACAAGUAUUAGCCCGCGAAUUUCUCGGAGAAAAUAUUCAGAAUGAAGCUGGACAUUGCUCGGCAGAAGAUUCAAAAGCUUCUAUGAAAUUAGUCAAAUUAAAAUUGGCACAUAGCGUGGAUUAUGGGGACGCCGUAUUGCUCGGUAAUCGCGAUAUGAAACUCUUGAAGAUGAAAACAGAAAAAGAAAGACUAUCAUGGCGAGCAUCGCAAAAAGCAGAAAUAAAAAAUUAUGCUACAUCAAUAUUUAGUCAUGUAACAAAAAAUAAAGGUUCCACUGCCGCUAUUAUAGGUAGCAAUGAAACAAUAUCAGAAUAUUCCAAAUAUUUGCAAAAUUUGUCCCUAAAUAUCAUGGACGAUGAAAGUUUUACCAAGGAUGAUCAAGUACGUCUUAUAAUUGCUGACAGUGAUAAACAUGUCAUAGUUCGAACUUCAGAAAUAGCAAUAGAACAUACAUUUGUAUUAUGCCAUGUAAAAAUUAAAGAAGAAGAGUUAAAAGACGAACAAAUAGAGAAAACAUUUCGUACUAUAAAUAAAUGGAGCAGUACACUUUGGGAACAUAGUGCGGUGAAUAGUCUCUUAUGCACGAUAUUUGGUGGACAAAAUGUUACGAACGGUGCUUGUUUCUUAAGUAUAAAAUCAGAAACAUCGCCAGACUUUGUCAUACAAUCGUAGAAAAUAAUCAUUGAUCUACAAACAACAAUGUAGAAAUCAGUAGUCGAAUCUUUCCACUCUUGUAUCAAGAACUGAAUGAGUAGAAUUAGAUGACAGAUUAAUUAUUAUUAACAUAUAUAUAUAAUUACACUUGAUUAAAAAACUAAAACCUAAAUAUAUUUUUAUAGAAUUAUAUAUUCUUCAUUUUGGUUAAAUUUAUAUAAAUAACUAUAUUACAGUUAGAUAAGUAAGCUCCUAAAAU